AUGGAGACAACAAGCUUUUCUUCUCAGACAAGUCACGACAAUUCGUUUCUUACAACUUCGACUGAGAAAAGUUUUCGCAUUCGAAACAACCCCACUUCAAUCUCAAAAAAACAAUCUGUCACAGAAAAGGAAUCUAGACCUAGCAAUGAUUUGAUUCAUACUCCUGUAUUUAACAAGAAUGUCGAAGACCGCCCUUUAAUUGAUCAAGGUCUUGAUAUCACCCGACAUAAAGCCAGGCUAGAGAACAGACAAGUAAAAGAUAAGUCAUACUAUAUGGGGUUACUUUACAGAAAAGGUUAUGAAAUAGGAGCUGAAAUAAAGAAAUUGAUGAAGAAAAUUCAAUUGAUGAAGGCCGAUCAAUCUACAUAUAUUUCAUGCAAACAGAAAGCGGAAAAUCAAGCUUCUGAAUUAAAAAAUCUUCAGGCAAUACUAUCUGAUUAUAAUUUAAUAGAUGAUAUGUAUAAUACAGACACUGAUAUCGAUGAACUAAUUGAGGAACUACAAACAAUAAAAACCGAGAAUGAAUUGGAAAAUGCUGAAGUUGAGAAAUUAUUUGAAUUGAACAAGAAAAAAGAAGAUUUAAUUCGGGAAUUGGAAACUGAUAUCAGUCAGGAAAAAUAUGUGGCAGACAUUUUAUCUGAAACUUCAAGUCCUAACUUGAAAAAUAUAUACAAAAAUUUGAGAAAAAUGGACGAAGAAUUGAAAGUAAACCAAAUAAAAUUGGAAGAAGAGCUGAAGAUGUUAAAGACUAAAAAAAAGAAUUUGGAAGAUGAAUGCAUAUCCCUUGGCAGAUCCGAGACAUAUUCUUUGAUUCAAAAACUCAACGAAGGACAAAUAAAAAGAGAUAGUCUAACCAAAGAGCACUUUGUAAAUGAUAGAUCCAUUAUGCUAAAGAAAAAGCGGGAAUAUAACGAUCUAAUAAAAUGUCUUGGAAAUCAAACACGUAAUGUAAAACUUCAAGUCCAGAAAAUUCAAAGCGAACUUGAUAGCAUAAAUAAGAAAAGCGAAAGCGUACAGGCUGAAAGAGUCCAAAAAAUGUCAAAGCUUCAAAAUCGUGAAAUGACUAUCGAUAAUUUUUUAGCUACAUAUCCUGAAAAGCAGGCUAUGCUUGUGAAUCAGCUUACAGAAUUUCAAAACAAAAUCAAAAUGCUUCUCGAAAAGAUGAGUAGUCAGCUGAAUUUUGAUGGUUUAGGAGGAAAGCGGAAUGAUUUAAAAAAUGGCAGUAUGGAAGAAGACAAGGAACAAAUGGCUGAAGAACAAAAAGCAAAAGUUUUACUAAAAAAGGAAAUUUUAGAAUUAAUGGCAAAAGAUGAAUUGGAAGAUAGGCUUGAAGAGGAAAUCAUGAAAUUAAAGGAAGAAAUUUUGACGAAGAAAAACGAAAUUGAUAAUUUCUCUAAUACAAAAGACCUGGAAAAACAAUUUGAAACAAAGAAAAAAGAACUUUUAUUGCAAGCUGAAAAUGUUCGUUUACAAAGAGAUGCGUAUGAUACUGUUAUAAAAGAUCUGCAAAAAAAGUGCGAAACAUUAGAAAGUUGGCUUCAGAAAAACGAUGUUAACAAAGAGCUGAUUAAACUGGAAAAGGAAUGGCAUUAUUUGGAGCAAAAUAAUUUUGAAAUGAAGGAAUUUCUUGAUGAAGCAAAAGCUUCAGGUGAUUAUUUUACAGUGAAAGAUACUGUAAUGGAUAUGACAAGACAACUUAAUGAAACACUCUUGGAAAUAUGA